UUACCACCAAAAGUUAAAGAGGCAACUCGAACGUUUUUUUUGAACUACCAGUGACGGGUAGCGUUGGACUGUUGGUUUGUUUUCAUGUUGAGGCUGAUAACGUAGCGUUAGCUAGCUAACUUGGCUAACUUAGCUCUUGGACUAGUCGGAUGUCCAGCUGGUAUUUGAGCUCGGAAGCGCUUGACAUUAUUUUCCUAAUAUGUGUAAGAAGAGGCUCGGUGGCUUUUCCUUCCUCUUACCCGCUACUUCACUACAGACCCAAUGUCUACAGGAUGCGUGGGGUCCUCGCGUGUUCUCCACAGGUACGGUAUUUGUCCGGCGAGAGGGGCAGCAGAAAAGGUUUCAUCGGGGAAUUGCUGGAGAACAUUAGGCAGGAGCUGAACAAGAACAAAGACAUGAAAGACAACAUCAAGAAGUUCCGGGAAGAGGCCAAAAAACUGGAGGAGUCGGAUGCAUUGAAACAAGCUCGAAGGAAAUAUAAAACGAUAGAGUCUGAAACAGCGAAGACCUCCGACGUUCUCAAGAAGAAGUUGGGAAACAUCUCUGAGACAGUUAAAGAGGUAAAUGUGACGAGUAUCUCACUCAGCCUUUCUUUUGAUUGUCAUCCGAUAGAUACGAUCUUCGAGUUGAUCUAUCCACCUUUACAAUGUGUGUGUGUGUGUGUGUGUGUGUGUGGACAGGGGCUAGAGGAGGUCGGUCGUACAGAAAUUGGAAAGAAAAUCAAGGAUGGAAUGGAGGAGGCAGCCAAAACAGCGAAGACCUCAGCAGAGUCUGUCUCUAAAGGUGGAGAGAUGUUGGGGAAGAGCGGUGCGUUCAGAGCCAUAUCACAGGGCAUGGAGAGCGUGAAGCAGGAGAUCGGUGAUCUGGGUCACACUGGCCCUUAUCGGUCGCCUGCCAGGCUCAGGAAGAGGAGUGAGUUCUCCUCCAAGGGGGCAGGAGACGACGGCAAGGUGUUCGAAGCCAACGAGGAAGCGAUGGGCGUGGUGCUCCACAAAGACUCCAAAUGGUCCCAGCAGUGGAAGGAGUUCAAAGACAACAACUUGGUCUUCAACCGGUUCUUUGAGAUGAAGAUGAAGUACGACGAGAGUGAGAACAGCCUCGUCAGAGCAUCUCGUGCCGUCACCGAGCGGAUGACUGACAUCAUAGGUGGGCUGUUUUCUAAGACGGAGAUGUCUGAAGUACUAACAGAGAUUUUGAAGGCGGACCCGUCCUUUGACAAAGAUUCCUUCCUCAAACAGUGUGAACGAGAUAUCAUCCCCAAUAUACUGGAGGCGAUGAUCCGAGGGGAGCUGGUAGUAUUGAAGGACUGGUGUUAUGAAGCGACAUACAGCCAGCUGGCACAUCCAAUUCAGCAAGCCAAGGCCAUGGGACUUCAUUUCCACUCUAAGAUCCUGGACAUUGACAAUAUUGAUUUGGCCAUGGGGAAGAUGAUGGACCAGGGUCCAGUGCUGAUCAUCACCUUCCAGGCUCAGCUAGUCAUGGUGAUCCGAAACACCAAAGGAGAGGUGGUGGAGGGAGACCCUGAGAAAGUGCUGAGGAUGAUGUACGUGUGGGCUCUGUGUCGAGACCAGGAGGAGCUAAACCCGUAUGCUGCCUGGAGACUGCUUGACAUCUCCGCCUCGAGCACCGAACAGAUCCUCUAACUUUGAUAUGCGCAGAUCACUCAGAGAGAGAACAUACUGUACAUGUACAGGCCCUGGAGCUGGCUGUGAAGGGGGGAGGGGGCGGGGACAUGGAGAUGAGGGACAAACGAGUGGGACACGGGGACAACAGGAAUAUUGUGGCGUAGUGUUGCUAAACACUGCUCACACUAGGGGGCAGUAGACUACCAACAACUCUCAUUCGCCAUAUUUUUUUCAACGCCUGCAUGGCUGUCUAUUGAAACUGGUGCAGUGCAACCGUUAGCAUUGAAGGGAUACAUGAAGGUAUUUAACCGGGAUUCAGCUCUUUUAUUAUGAAUAUGAGAAAAGAAAAUGUGGAAAUCAAGGAAGCCAAUUUGUAACUGAGGCUCUGAACUUCAAGUUGAUGUCAGAAUGUCAAAAAUGUCAGGCCCCACCCCCCUCUCUCUCUCUCUCUCUCUCUGAGGCGUUGUUAUCUCGCUGGUUGGCUGGUCAGUGUGUUGUGGCCAAUCAGUGAUUUCCUAGAUCCUUCUUUGUAUAAUAACUGUAAUUGUAAUUGUUAAAAUGUGAGUCUAUAUUUAUUAUGAAAAUAAAGAAUCCUUUUUUUCACUCUA